AUGUCACCCUCUGACACAACGACUGCGGAUGCAGCAGAGUCCCUCUCCAGUGCCGAGUAUCGUAAGCUUAUCUGGAAACUCGACGUGCAUCUCCUGCCACCACUCUUUGUAUUGUGGUUUAUCUCCUUGAUCGACCGCGUCAACAUUGGCACGGCGAGGAUCCAGGGUCUUGAGAAGGACCUUGGGAUGAAUCCUUUGACCAACCAGUUCAACAUUGCAACCGUUGUCGUUUUCAUUGGCCUCAUGCUGGCAGAGGUAGUUCCAAGCAACUGGCUGGUCAAAAGAUUCACACCGUCUACCGUGCUCUGUGGUGAAUGCAUAAUUCUCGGGAUCUUCACAAUUGUUCAAGGCCUGCUCAAAAGCUUUGGCGGUCUCGUUGCUAUACGGCUUAUCAUUGGCAUCUUAGAAGCGGGACUGAUCCCUGGUUCCAUCUUCUUGCUGGCAGCAUACUACCCAAGAUACGAGCUGCAAUGGCGUGUGAGCAUGCUCCAUGUGGGCAAUGCGCUCUCCAACGCCGUCGGUGGACUGUUGGCCUAUGCUGUUGCCAGCAUCCAUUCAUCAAAUGGAUGGCAUGGAUGGAGAUGGAUCUUCGUCAUUGAGGGUUCGAUCACAAUUGCCCUCACGUUAUUCUGCUGGCCCUUUAUGAACAAUUGGCCAGCUACAGCGAAGUGGCUCAAGCCGAGCGAGAAGGCCGUCUUGGAAGAACGCAUUCGUCUCGACGGCAUCAUCGGCCGUAUGGACGUGUUAGACCGCAAGGCUGUCAUCCGAUGCCUCACAGAUUGGAAGAUUUAUCUCAGUGCUUUCAUCAUUGUAGGCGUCAUCUCGAGCGUUUACUCAUGCACUCUGUUUGCCCCAACGAUCGUCUCAGUUCUCAAGCCUGGAUCCUCUCCGAAGAAAAUCCAGUCCCUGGUGAUUCCAAUCUUCGUUGCAGCGUCAGCCACCACCCUGGCGUGUGCAUACAUCUCAGACAAAUUAAAACACCGCGCCGGCGUCGCCCUGGCAGGCUGUUUUAUUGCAAUCAUUGGCUAUAUCAUUAUUCUCAACCAGGAGCACGUUUCGGUAAAUGCACGAUAUGGAGCGUUGUAUCUCAUCGCUUCUGGUUCCUUCGCGGCCUUACCUGGAGCUUGGAUCCUGCUUUUGAACAACGUUUCGGGAUCUUACAAGACAGCCUUUGCCAUGGGUAUGGAAAUUGGUCUGGGCAACGGUGGCGGAUUUGUUGCGUCGUUCUCUUUCCAAUCCAAAGCGGCCCCUUUCUACUGGACAGGAUUCAGGACUACCUUUUCCCUCAUGUGCAUGGCAAUUGGACUAAUCUGUGUUUAUGUGGCUGGCCUCUGGUACGAGAAUCGGCAGAAGCGAUUGGGGAAGCGAAACCACCUCCUGGAAGAAGAGGGUGAUAAUCUGGGAGAUGCCCAUCCCCAUUUCAUCUACACAUACUAG